AUGGGAUUCCCGUGUCUUAUAGAAACAGUACAGAAAGAAUGUAGAAAGUUCUUUGAUCUUCGACGGGAGGGGUGGAGAUAUGCACGAACACCAGAUGAUAUGGAAGGCUAUUGUCAGGCCUAUAUUGUUUUUCAAGAUCAAAAACUUGAUUGGGGAGAUAUGAUGUACUUGUUCUUGUUGCCACUGAGUUUUACAGAACUAAACUCGUGGCCAUCCACACCUGCAGACUUCAGAUCAGCGCUGAACAAAAGGACGCUCAGUUUAUCUGGAGAACACUACGAUUGUUCGGAAGAAUGCUUCAAGCAGAACACUACGGUGGAUUAUCAUUCAACGAGUAGUGAUUUAGGGUUCCACAUUGGUGCCCCUGCUUCUCCUCCACCACCUCUUAAGUUAGAUCUGUUACCCCAGCCGCCUUUGCAUCAUGCUUCCCCUUCUUUGGUGACUCUGCCAGGGGCCCAAAAUUCAGCAAACGAGAAAUCUGAGGUGUGCAGUCCUAAGAGCCUGGACCUCAAUAAACCACUUCCAUCCAACGAAGUGAGGGAUUUCGAGAAGCAUUUGAAUGUCGAGAAUGGUAUUAAGAGGAGGCUCAAAUUGUCAGUAGAACAAUAUUCUUAUUUGGAAGGAUGCUUCAAACAGAACACUAAUGUGGAUGAUAUCCGAAAGGAAGCUCUGGCAAAGGAGCUAAAUAUCAGCCCUCGUCAAGUUUAUGUCUGGUUUCAAAAUAGGAAGGCAAGGAACAAAUCAAAGCAAAUCGAAACACAUUGUAAUUUGUGGAAGAGGUACAACAAAGCAUUAAGAGAGGAAAACAAAAGCCUGCGGAAAAAGUUGGCAGAAAUUAGCGCUCUGAAACAGGCGCAGGAAACACCAUCUCUAAAAUUAGGGCUCUGA